AUGGCUUCUCUCACCAAAAAGCUUGGUCAACUCCGCCAGUGGACAGGCGAAAAGAUAUGGCGUGCCCAGAAGACAGAUACCGGUGACGAUUUCAAGCGCCUCGAGCAGGAGACCGAGGUCCGACGAGAAUGCAUCGAGAAAAUAGCCGACUCAUACCACCUGUACUGGACGACCCUGGAGAAGCGAAAGGAAUCACCUUUGGACAAGCAAAAGCGGCUUCCGAUCGAGAGCGUGGCUGGAUCGAUGAUCUCGUUUGGCUCCAUGCUGCACGAAGAAUCGAGCUACGGCAAUGUCCUCAUCCGUGUUGGCGAGGCGUACGAGCAGCUUGCUGGAACCCAGAUGGACUUUAUGAACCGGGUGCACGAGUCCUACCGCUAUCACCUCCAAAAUGUGCUCGAGGACAUCAAAGAAUACCAGAACCAGAAGCGCAAGCUGGAGAAUCGGCGGCUCGACUUUGAUGCCAAGCUCAACAAGCUGCAGCGCAGCAAAAAGGACAUCCCGCACCUUGAGGAGGAAGUUCGCCUGGCCCAGGCCAAGUACGAGGAGUCGCUGGAGAAUACCAGCGAGCGCAUGAUUUCGCUCAACUCGAACGAAGACGAGCACAUGCAACAGCUUUUGAACUACGUCGACAUCGAAGUGGGCUAUUACAAGAAGAGUCUGCAGAUCAUGGAGGAUCUCCAGCGAUCCCUCCAAUCCGUCCCUCGGUCUGCAAACCCAUCUCAAGGAACAGACUCGGCACGCUACCGUCGCCACUCAACCCAGUCCGACCUCUCCACACACGGCCAAGAUAGCUACAGUCGCAAGCAGAACCAGACCGGCUCGAGCUUGGCGGACACACGCAAGUUCGGGUCUUCGGGCUCGCGUCUCAUGCAAGAUUCCCGACAGGGCUCGCAGGCUGGCAGCCCGCGCGGCAGUGUGGCGUCAGCCCCCAAGGUCUUGAAGCGCGUCAAGUGCCUGUAUUCGUUUGAGGGAGAAAACUCGAACGAGCUGACAAUGAAAAAGGGAGACCUGAUCGACGUGACGGGCGAGAUCGACGAGGGUUGGUGGGAGGGCAACAUCCAGGACGGCUCAGGUCGCUUUGGCAUGUUCCCAUCCAACUACGUCGAGGUCGUCGAGGACGCACCCUCUGAUCGCCGACUGCCUCCCCGGCCAAGUACGACCGUCUCGGUUGCCGAGAGUGACUCUGGAUCCAAGAGCGGAUACCAGGCCGAGCCAAGGACGCCCACCCGCUUGCCCCACCAAGAUUCAGAGAUUGCGGCACCGACAGCAAGCCAGAAUGGCCCCAACAUGCAACGGCUCUAUUCAUCAACCUCCAUCAACAACGCCAGCACAUCGAGCCUCGGCAAGGCCUCGGUCGCAUCCGAGCGCCCCUUCCAGCUCCCAAGGUCAACGUCCAAUGUCGAUGUCACCAAGGGCGCCUGCGCGACCUGUGGCUGCGAUGAGUUCGUGCCCCACGCUUUCAAGACAGGGCAAUGCACCAACUGCUUCCAUGGCCACUGA